CACGCGAGUCUUUGACGACUUGCGCCGAGCUCUGCGAACCAUGAGAACCAAGCGCGGAAACCUCGGAGAUGCCAGGUUGAAAUCCCUUUUUAUUGGAUACUGCCUUGCACUUAACACUUUCCCCAUGCGGGUCCGCGGCCAACAGGGCGACGGCUGCGGGCACACCCUGCUGGGCGCCGAGUCGGGCACCUUGGCCUCCCGGAACUACCCGGGCACGUAUCCCAGCAACACCUGGUGCAAGUGGAAGCUUCGCGUCCCAGAAGGCCGCACGCUGCGACUGGUUUUCGGGGAUUUUGACAUCGAAAGCAGCGCCGGUUGCAGCAACGGCUCUCUGGUCAUCGCCGACAAAAACGGGCGUCCCGGCCGAGGUCCGCUGUGCGGGACGCUAAAUGAGUCACAAGAGAAUAUGACGGUGGGUAGCAAUGAAGUGACAAUAACUUUCAAGUCGCGCUCGCAUCGCUCUGGUCGGGGGUUUCUGCUGUCCUACGCCACAGACCUCCAUCCGGAUAUCAUCUCUUGUUCACGACGAGGGUCUCAUUUUAGCUCAUCGCAUUUGAGUGUUUACUGCCCGGCCGGGUGCAAAAACGUGACGGGAGACGUUUGGGGACGUCCCGAUCGGGGCUACCGAGAUACGUCGGUGCUGUGCAAGGCCGCCGUGCACGCCGGGGCAACGUCCGACGGGAUCGGAGGCCGCGUGAGCGUGAGCCGCGGGAGGAGCCUCACGCGCUACGAGUCCGCUUUUUCCAAUGGGAUCCUUUCGAAAAUGGGGUCGUUAUCGGACAAGAAGCUGGUGUUCACCCGAGAAUGCAACAACAUCCUGCCGGUGUACGGUUUCAACGCCUCGUCCUUCGGAGACAAAGACAGCCAAGAGCACAAGAUGUCCUGGUCCACCAGAAGCGGGCGUUCUGGACACGAGGGCCUCGUCUGGACCGCGGAGCGGAAUGAUUUGUCGCCCUGGGUGGAGUUUGGGCUCACUGACAAAAGUUCUAUCACAGGAGUGAUCACGACCGGAUCGAGCGAGAACCACGUCAAAUCCUACAUCCUUGUUUUUAGCAGAGACAGAAAGAACUGGAAAGUUUACGAAGAUGUUGUCAGCAAAGAGGAAAAGGUGUUUGAGUCCUAUGCCGAAGGUCACCCGAAGGUGCUAAACAGCCUUUUCCCUCCCGUCGUGGCUCGCUACAUCCGGAUGCGGCCUCGGACCUGGGGUGGCCGAUCUUCGGUCCAGCUCCAAAUACUGGGCUGCCCCGUCAACGUCACGUCGAGGUCUCGUUCACCUGAAGAAUCUCUUCCCGGAAAGGGAAACGCGGUGACUCCGAACACAUCCCGCACUCCCACAGAGGGCCCGGUUUUAGUCGAGCCCAGGCAGAGAUCCGGUCAACCGGUCAUCAUCGCGGUGGGAGUGGUCCUGGGACUGAUCAUGUGCUUUGGUUGUUUAUUGGCUGGAGUCUGGUGGAAGAGAAGAAAAAAGGCUUCCCAAAUGAAGUACUCGGUCCCGACAAGUUGCCAGAGUUUCCAGGUGAAGACCCUCCCGUGUCUUCCCUCGGAGCUCAUCUCGUAUCCUCUGGAGCGACAUAUCGGCGACGACCUCCCGAGCCCCCCACUCAACGACUAUGCGCAGCCCGCCAUUGGACAGAAGGCGGGCUCUACGUUUCGGCCCGCCUCGGACGAAGGUUACACGGUGCCGUUCACGUUCAACCACUACGACUCCCCUGAUAACCUGCCGGAGUACGCCGAGCCGCUUCCGCCGGAGCCCGAAUACGCCACCCCGUUCGGCGAACAGGAAUCUCCCCCCUCAGCAGGGGGGCCUCACGGCAACGCGCGCGGCCCCCCCGGUGCCUACGACUGCCCCUCCCACAGGAUGCUCGACAACGGCUACUGCACUCCCGCCCUGCGCGGCAACGCACCGCGACCCGCCUGCGCCAUUUACGCCGAGCCGAAAUCGUCAUGUUACUCUUUACAUCAGAAGCACGAGGAACCUCUGUGAGAAGAACUCUCAAGAACCCGGGGGACGGACCGCGUUGUCCAAAGCGGACCGAACGUGACACGGCGGAAUUCUCCAGCGACGCGAGUCCCCAAAGUGGACUUUGACGCGGGAACUUAACACACUGCUGUGUCCCUGAAAAGUGAACAAUGUGUAAUAACACACUGUUAAUUGCACAAAGACAAUAUGACCAUAACUUGUGUUUUUUUAUUAUUGUUGAUGAAAGGUUGUUUUGGUCACAAGCUGCACUUUCAGUUUGUUUGUUUUUUUUUUAACAGAUGCAAAACCACAAACGACAAGCAAAACGAUUUAGUCACCUUUUUUUUACAACUCUUGAUGAAAAUGGGGUUGACGUGAUGGACAUAUACUGAACGUGACCACCAGGUGGCACUAGUCAGCUCGAAACGUCUAACGUGGCUGACGAGUGCAGUAUUGAGUGCAACAUGCUUGAAAUAUUUUGAGACAUAAAGGCACAAUGGA